CGCGGGUAUUGAUUAUCGUAGGUGGAGGUAAGGUCGGCGGGAGAAUCAAUAUUACAUUUCGCCGGCGACUCGCCAUAUUCUCGUCGUAAAAAUUUCCGUGAGCAACGGGCGCACGUCAUACGCGGUCAUACGCGGUUUCCCUCGACAGUGAAUCGGUCUCAGCGAUGUCGAGCUACUAAGGAAGCCAACACCGCAACGUUCAGCUACGAUGUAGCACGAAACCGAGUGCGAACGAUCGUUUUUCCGCUUCAGCCAAACGUUUCUUUUCGUUGCUUUUACCGCAGUGUCUAUAUUUCGUUUUUCUCCGUUUCACGAACUAACGCCUCAGUCUAACAAACACCGGACAAACGUCGUAGACCGAAAUCUAUUUAAACGAAAAAAAAAAAAAAAAAAAAAAAAAAAGAAGAAGAAAGAAAGAAAAAAAUCGAUCGUCGUUGCUAUUCGAGUAAAAAUAAAGUGGAGGAAAUAUCGUGAAAUCGAUUCGACGAACACGAACGAAGCAAAUUGCAUUAGUGAAACGCAUCAGCUGAUUGAAAUCGUCAAGAGAGCAGCCUCGGCUGAGAGGAUUUGAGUGAUAUCGUCGGAAAAUAAGAGGAUCUUUCGUAUCGAGAAACGAUCUCGUCUGAUCGAUUUGAUAUACCCGAGUCAAAAUUUUAGAACGAAAGGGGAGAGGAGCUAUUCUUCCGGUUACGUCGUAUAUUGGCCCAAGGAAUAUUCACUGAGAGGAUCGAUAAAGAAGAGGAAGGCCCAGUUGAGUGAAAGAUAGGAACGCUGGCGGGCGGAUUGACCUAAAGGGAUCCAUUGUUACGAAGGAUCUUCUAUGCGGCAAGAAUCCAAAAACGGUCUGAAGAUCAGGCCACCGGGUGACCAUCAUCACGGUGUGCAUCAUCACGGUGGGGUCAUGCUUGAAGAAGACAUGGCUGGCGCUCAGGAUACGAUAUACCUGUGCAACUUCCGCGUGUCGGUGGACGGCGAGUGGCUGUGUCUGAAAGAGCUUCAGGAUGUCGAGUUCUCGUUGCAGGACUCGAUGCAGCGGUCGCCAUCGCCGCCGCUCGCUCUCAGUGGUAUUAACCAUCAUCAUCAUCAUCAUAAUCACCAUCGUCAGCAACAGCUUCCCGAUCAGCGAGAGCUUCGCGAUAUAAUGCCGCCAAGCCCACCGCCAUUGCAGCACGUUUCCAGCUUGUCACGUGAUCCGGUCAUCAUCGAGAGGAGUAAUCUCGUGAAUAUUUCGAAAUUAAUCGUGAAGGAGCUGAUCGAAACGUCUUUGAAGUAUGGUCGAAUGCUCGACUCCGAUCAUAUGCCGUUGCAACACUUUUUCAUCGUUCUCGAACACGUGCUCAGACACGGUUUGCGACCGAAGAAGGGUCUACUCGGACCCAAGAAGGAGCUUUGGGAUAUACUUCAGCUCGUUGAAAAAUAUUGUUCAGAAGCACAGGACAUUACGUCUAGUAUUCGUGAUCUACCCACUGUUAGGACCGCGAUGGGUAGAGCGCGAGCAUGGCUGCGUAUGGCGUUAAUGCAGAAAAAGCUGGCAGACUACUUGAAAGUUUUAAUCGAUCACAAGGAGGAUAUAUUGUCCGAGUAUUUCGAGCCGGACGCUCUGAUGAUGAGCGAGGAAGCAAUCGUUAUAAUGGGCUUGUUGGUGGGCUUGAACGUCAUCGACUGCAACUUCUGCGUAAAGGAAGAGGACCUCGAUUGUCAACAAGGGGUGAUCGAUUUCUCGUUGUAUCUGCGAAACAGCAAUCACAUACCCGGGGAAUCGCCGGAUGACGAGCUUGAAAACGACAACAUGACCACGGUCCUCGACCAGAAGAACUACAUCGAGGAAUUGAACCGACACUUGAACGCAACGGUGACUAAUCUACAAACGAAAGUGGAAUCCCUGACAACGACGAACGCUCUUAUGAAGGAGGACCUCUCUAUUGCUCAAAAUCACAUACUGUCGCUUUACGAGGAGAACAGACAAUUGAAGAAAGAGUUGGGAAUCGAGGUCAAAGACACGAACGAGAACGGGAAACCACCGAUCAAAAUCACCGAAACGACGACAGAAAUCGAGGAGUUGAGAAGUAGGUUAGAGGCCGAGAAGAAAAUGCGGAAGGACGUAGAGAAGGAAUUGGAAUUACAGAUUAGUAUGAAGUCGGAAAUGGAAGUGGCUAUGAAGCUGUUGGAGAAAGAUAUUCACGAGAAACAAGAUACGAUCAUAUCAUUGCGACGACAGCUCGAUGAAAUCAAGUUAAUUAACUUGGAAAUGUAUAAAAAGCUACAGGAAUGUGAGCACGAACUAACGCAGAAAGGCGAAAUGGUGAGCCGGCUGCACGCGAAGACCAAUCAGAUCGGCAAGAUCCUGAAUAAUCUCGAGAAGUGCAACCACAUGAAAAAGGACGGCGAUAGUAUUCGUAGCCCGACAACGCCGAGCAGUGUCUCGAAAUCGAUUCUAAAUAAGACCAGUCCCACGUCGCCGCGAUGUUACUCGUCCGUAGACAAUGUACACGCGGCUGACUAUCAGCACUCUUCUAACAAUCAGCACCAAUCGGCUAACAAUCAUCAGAAAUCGUCUAACAACCAGCAAACUAACAAUCAACAACACUCUGAUAACGUUCAGCAACAAUCUUUGAUUAAGCAGCCAGAUUCUCCGAAUAAUAACAGGGAGACGAGGGUUGACGAGAAAGUAAACGGCGCUAACGGCAAGGGGACUGCAAAGCCUGAUAACGUAGAGCAGAGUAAAGCGAACGGUGAGGUCUCCAUGGAGGCGAAGGAGCAAUCGGCUGCAUAAGAGAACACCAGUCUUUGGAGAAUGGUUUUUAUAUUACACGUGCAUCCUCACCUAGGGCGUAUGAACGAUGGCUGAUCCUUUAUACGAACGUGUUCCUGAAAUGUCCAAUGACAUUUUAAACAGUCGUCUAUGUAUAUACGAGUAAUAGCGUGUUUAAUUGAUUAAUUAUUACCCUGUACAUAAUUUGCGAAGUAUGAGUUUCAUCCCGUUUCUUUUUAUUCUGGAGUUUCUUCGAGUUUUCAGUGAAUUGUUGAACGUGUAUAACUGACUACCAAUAAUCUCACGAAUACGAUAAUUUCUUUAACUCAGAUAUUUCGUAUCUUUCAUUUACGAAUGAAUUUCAUUUGUUGUGUCGUAUUUAUAUGGGCAGGGAUUAAAACUUUCCAAUUUAAUUAAUUUUAAAUUUCCCAGAGAUCUGAGAGGUCUUUCAUUUCUACUAAUAAUAAAUCAAUAAUAUAUAUAUAUAUAUAUCAUAUUCGCAAGAAUUAAUCUGGUUAACAAGUUGAUAAAUUAUCCAAGUAAGAAAUUUGCAUUAUUCUGAACUAAGUUUCUAUGAAACAGAAGGAGCUUAUAAUAGGUGUGUCAUUUAAGUUAGUAGACGUUAACCGUUAAUCGCCUAAAAGCAUAACUGUUACGAAAGAAUUUACAUAUAUGCAUUCGCAGACACUAUGGUUGUUAUCGAAAUAGAAUUUAAUCACGAGAAAUGUUGUUGGAUCAUUCAGAAGCACUAACUAUUAUUACACUCAACGUUAAACAAGCUGUAUCAAAAGUUAUCACGUAGACCUUUCACAGGCCAAGACUUUAUACACACUUGGAAACGCGUAGAAUAUAUCAACGAGAAUGAAGUAUUCGAUAUAUUUAAUUAAUCUAGCAAUUCAUGCAUCAAUAAGCUUUCGAAUAGAACGUCUAUCGUGGUGUGUUUCGAUCGAGAUACUCUACGAGAUUAUUAUUAGCUGUGCUUUAUUCACGGCAUAGUUUACACGCUGUUUCAAUGAAAUUCCUAUUGCGUGCACUAUCGAACUAUCGAACGACAAUAACAUUAACACGUGUUUUUCGUAUCCAAUCGAUAUCUGUUUUAUCGUUCAUUAGAACUCUGGUUAUUAAUUAUUAUUCUCUGUGUGUAGAGUGUCUCGGAUUAUUUCAUUUCACUUCAUCGCGGAAACAUUGUAUUUCAAUGAAUAUUAAUUAUCCUGUUACAUUGGUAUUGAUCUUCCUCCCCGUUGAAUAAUCAAUCAGCAAAUAUUAUUAUUCGUUUAGAUUCUGUCGAAGUUUUGCCCGCGAGAUAAUACCAAUCGACGGAUGAUUAACGUUCCCCAUAUCCAACUCGACGACGGAAAUACUUAAAUUCCACUAAUUCACGUUUCAAUGGGAUUUGAAAAUUCACGUUGCAUGAUUUUUCGACUAAUCUCCAUUACCAUUACAAUUGACAUUAAGUUAAUGACGCCUGAAUCUUUUACGUUGCUACAGGAUGAGCUUCUUGCAGCCACAGAUUGUACGUGUGCAUUUCUAUCUUUAAGGGUUACGUGCAAUUUCAGGACAAUUUCCCCUUUAGUUUUAGAGAAACAAUCGAAAAAAGAAAAGAAAAAAGAAAAAAAGAAAAAAAGAAAACGGUUCUUUCCGCCUUUCACUCAGACAACGUUUAUUUCAGGAGUGCGAAGGCUCGCUUAAGCAUAAAACAGAACUGAUCACUAAAUUGGAGGCUAAGACGCUAUCGAUGACUGAAACCAUCCAGAAAAUGGAUGAAAAGUACGUUUAUUUGUCUUUCAUUAGUUGUUAAUUACUUUGUAAGCACGACUGACUCAUCGGUUCUUAGAUUACGAUCAAUCGCUCUAUUGAAGUUGAUAACUAACACCCUAUCGUGUUAUUACAUUAUACUUCUCGCUUCUCGAAUAUAAUAUAAUCGCUGCUUCAUGCCAUUUAUUGUAAGAGUUCGUUAAAACGUUCAUCGCACGACUAUCAAGAGGAUCUUCAUGCUCACAGAAAUUCUGAUUUCGUCAUAUUGCGAUGAAAUUUUUGCACGAUCGAAGUGUCAGACAAUUUUCAUUUUUAAAAUUCGCCGCAAGCUUUCUGUCAGAAUCCAAUUGAUCCUGACUCAAACAGUAUAUAGUUGAAUUAUAGAUUGUCAAUGAUAUAACAAUUUAUGCUGGAUCACUAGAAUUUAUGGUAUUUGAUUUUAUUUCGUAUUUUACAAAUAUCUUAACACUAAGUCAGUAGCCCAAUAAUACCAGUUAGGAAAGUUGUUAUAAAGAAACAGCGGAUUUUUGCAAAAUCUCGAUAAGAAAACUAAUAUUUAACUACGCUUCGAAUAUUCUAUUAUAUUCCGUAGAAUAAACUUUACACUUUUCUCUAAAUACGUAAAAGUUCGCAGUCACAUUUACGAAAUAUUGUCUGACAAUUUAAAUCCAAUUCAAUGUGAAACUAAGAUUAUUUAUCACAGAUCAACCUUUGAAGAAUAUAAGCAAGGAAUUUCUGGAGCAUCAAGUUCUUCUUCCAACAUCAUCGUUCCAUCUUCCCAUUAACGCUUUUCAUUUCGUUCAAAUCGUUUCACGUACACUCCCUCGUGGAAGGAACGCUAUGGUAGAACGGCCAGAACGGCAGAAUAUUACUAAUACUAUCUUUAUAUUAUCGUUAAACGUUUUAGCAUUUUACGUACAAGUACCUAGUCGUUGUGAUAAGGGAUUUUUCUAAUAGCUCGUGGUUUGCUCGACGCGAUAUUAUCGUGGCCGACGACAUCGAGAAACGAUACGCGGCACGACGGCUGUAGUUAGAGGUGAUUUAUUUUUUACUUAGGCGUCGCGAACGCGAUCUGACUUAGGAUAGAUUAGUCGAGACAAAAGAAUCUUCAUAGAUCUACUGAUUCGUUAACGGAGAUGUUGGCAAACCUUCAUUCAACGGCUACUUCGAUUUAAGAUUAUUAAGUCUAUAUAAUAUAAUAUAAUAUAAUAUAAUAUAAUAUAACAUAACAUAACGUAAUCUAAUAUAACAUAACAUAAUAUAAAUAUUAAUGUUAUAGCGAUAAAUUCGUGUUUUAAUUAAUUAAUUGGUAGAUUUAUACCUCGAGAUCGAGUGAACGAAUAAUCGUUGGAUUUUAAUCGAUCCCCUUUCUCGUACGUGAAAUACUUACUCAAGCUUUUCUGUAAUUUACGUCAAUUCUUCUAUUUGAUUGGCGGUCAAUUAGAAUUAUGAAUUACGAUAUAAAGGAUAUCUCAGUGUUUCAGCAACUGACUUGCGAUCAUUUUUAUCGUGGCUGAUUCUUUCUCUUCUCUUCCGCCCCCCCCUUUUUUGUUUGCUUUUCACGUUAGAUCCACUUGUUUCUUACGACUUAUCAUACACAUAUAUAUACAUACACAUACUUAUACAUAUUCUUGGUCGUUUUAUAUAUACAGACACACGCAUAUAUACACAUCGUUUCGUGUCGUUCACGUUCACCGGGAGAGACUUACGAAACAAACGUGCCAUAUAUGAUAUAUCUUUAUAUGAAUAUAAUUAUGUAUAAGCAUCGAGCAAUGGUCUUUAUAACGCACCGAGACACUUGUGUGCUUGUAUAUCAAUGCAGCGGAAAUAAAUUCAUGACAGAA